UUACCCGUUUCCCUUACCUUCAUAUUAGGGUUUCUCUACUCUUCUCUUUUGUCACUGGCACAAGCUCAAGCAGCAGCGAAGCGUAGUAGUUAGAGCCUUUGUUCUUCUUCCUCAUCUCAAUCAUUCACCAUGGGUCGUAUGCACAGUGGCGGAAAGGGUAUUUCAAGUUCAGCUCUUCCUUACAAGAGAACACCAGCAAGCUGGCUCAAGAUCUCUACCCAGGAUGUUGACGAGACCAUCUGCAAGUUUGCCAAGAAAGGUCUAACUCCAUCUCAAAUUGGUGUUAUUCUUCGUGACUCCCAUGGAAUUGCUCAGGUUAAGGCUGUAACCGGAAACAAGAUUUUGCGCAUAUUGAAGGCGCAUGGACUUGCUCCUGAAAUUCCUGAAGAUCUGUAUCACCUGAUCAAGAAGGCUGUCUCUAUUAGGAAGCAUUUGGAGAGGAACAGGAAGGACAAGGAUUCCAAGUUCAGGCUAAUUUUGGUCGAGAGCAGGAUCCAUCGCCUUGCUCGUUACUAUAAGAAGACAAAGAAGCUUCCACCAGUAUGGAAAUACGAAUCAACAACUGCCAGCACUCUUGUUGCUUGAAGAGAUGAUCGGCGAUAUUAUUGUAGUUGUGCUUUCUGUGUACUUUAUUUUUGUAUGCAAAUGAAUUGCUUUCAUGUGAUUUUGAAAUUUUGGAACAUUUGAAAUUCAUGUUUAGACUCGUUUGAUGUUAGUUUUGAUGAUGGACCUUGUUCCUUUAAUUGAUAUACUCUCUUUCAAUCGCAUUAGUUUUAAA